AUGACACUACAAUUUCGUAAAUUUACUCCAGAAAUGCUUGCCAACAUUAAAAAAUAUAUUAUUAUAGCUCAGAUGGAUUCAUUUCAUCGAAAAAAUAAUCCUGGUGAUUCAGAUGCAGCACAAAUGUUGCAAUCAUUAUUACAAUUUAAAGAGGAUGAUCCAAGAUAG